AUGGUAGCCCCGUUCAAGCAGAGACGAACGAACCAAGAUAUGUCUUUCAACGAGGAAGACGCAAGGGGGGUGAAGCAGCCUCAUAAUGACCCCCUAGUCAUAACACUCACGAUUGAAGGGUUCGAUACCAAGAGGAUCCUUGUGGACAAUGGCAGCUCCGCAGACAUCAUCUAUCUAUCCGCUUUUCAGCAACUGAAGCUAGAUCUUGGAAGACUGCGCCCAUUUGACUCCCCCUUCGUCAGCUUCAGUGGAAACAGGGUAUACCUUAAAGGCAUAGUGACAUUGACGGUGACAGUAGGGACAUACCCGAAGCAGUUGACUCGUCAGUUAGACUUCUUGGCCGUAUUGGCUACCAACGAGAACCAUACGUGGACGAUCGAGGAAAAGGAAGAGGAUAAAGUAGAAGCCCUGGAAGAAGUGGAGCUGGUAGAAGGAAAGACAACCAAGACAACAAGGAUAGGGACAACAUUGAGUCUCGAGAUCAGGUUAAUGCUUGUUCAGUUCCUUAAGGAAAACCUUGACGUCUUCGCAUGGAGCCAUGAGGACAUGCUUGGCAUAUCGCCGAAAGUUAUCAAGCACAAGUUAAACGUGAAUCCCGAUAAGAAGCCCGUCCAGCAGAAACGACGGGUCUUUGUCCUAGAAUGGAACCAGGCCAUUACAAACGAGGUUAACAAAUUACUGACGGCAGGUUUCAUACGUGAGGUGUAUUAUCUAGAAUGGCUUGCAAAUGUCAUCUUAGUGAAGAAGGUAAAUGGAAAAUGGAGAAUGUAUGUGGACUUCAUUGACCUGAACAAAGCUUGCCCAAAGGAUAGUUUCCCUUUACCAAGGAUAGACUAG